AUGUCGUCCCGUUUAUUAUACUCGUUGCUGAGUAUCACAGCUACUCUGGCCUCACAGGUUGAAGCCGCCGACGCCUACAAGUCGAACCGCGGCAUGUCGCGCCGCUGCAGAUUCUACUCCGCAGGCAUCGUCACAAUCAUCGUCCUCAUCACCGUAUUUCUGCUCGCCACAAACCGCAUGCCGACGUUCCCGCUCACAAGUAGCGACGCGGCGGCGGCGGCGGCUGCGCAGGCUGACGUCGGACCGGCGGCAAAGUCGGGCGAGACAAAGUCUUACAUCGUCACGUUUACAAAGGGCAAGGAAACGCCAGAGAAAUUUGUGAAGGCUGCUAUGACGCAGUUUACUCAGAUGGGCGGCAAGAUCACUCACGAGUUCGACACUCUCUUAACCGGUUUUACCGUGUCCAUCCCUGCUUCCGUUGAGACCGACGUUAUGACAUUUGCUACCGAUGCAAAGAAUUUGGAGUUUCCUUUCACCAUCGAAGAGGAUCAGCAAGUCUCGGUCGCCGACUCGUCAGUCAACUAA